AUGGCAGAAAAACAAUAAGAGACAAUAACUAAACAGCCAACUCUCUCACAUGCAGAUAGUGUUGAUAAGCUUUCCUCCAAAAAACGGGAUGGAGCCUACAGCAGUGUUUUUUAAGCAAAGAGGCUAGCUGAUGGUGACAUUUAUGCACUGAAGAAAGUAAAGUUACACCAUCUCUCUGACAAGGAAAAGGAAAAUGCUAUUAAUGAGGUCAGAAUAUUAGCAUCGAUUAAGCAUGUUAACAUCAUUUCCUAUAAGGAAGCAUUCAUAGAACCAGCUUCGCAAUCUCUAUGGUAUUUAUUUUACAACUAAUCACAACAAUCUAAUUCUCUUCUCAGUAUAGUGAUGGAGUAUGCAGAUAAUGGAGAUCUGUUUCAAAAAAUAUAAGAUCAUUCAAAAGCAAAGACUUUGUUCUAAGAACAGGAAAUAUGGAAAGUAUUUAUUCAAGUAGUGAGAGGGUUGAAAGCCAUGCAUGAUCUGAAUAUAAUGCACAGAGACUUGAAAUCAGCAAAUGUAUUUUUGUACAAGGACUUUACUGCAAAGCUAGGAGAUAUGAAUGUCUCUAAAGUAGCGAAUAAGAGGGGACUAAAUUAUACAUAAACUGGUACACCAUAUUAUGCCAGUCCAGAAGUGUGGAGGGAUGAGCCCUAUGACGUGAAGAGCGAUAUUUGGUCACUUGGCUGUGUAUUGUAUGAGAUGAUUGCCUUGAAACCGCCAUUCACUGCAGAUGACAUGGAAGGACUGUUUAAAAGCGUAACUAAGGGUCAUUUUCCAAGGAUUCCCAAGAACUAUUCUCAUGAUCUUUGGCAGAUGGUAAAAUUUCUACUCCAGACUAAUCCUCACGCUAGACCUUCCUGUGAAUAAAUUAUGAGCGUUCCGACAUUCUCAAAAAGGAUGCAAAAGUUUUUCCCUACACUUUACAAUCCUUCUAAUAAUCCAGAUUAGAACAUACUUCUCAAAACAAUAAAGUUUCCAACGAAUCUAAUGUAUCUAAGUGACAAGCUCCCGAAACAAAACUAUUAGAGAGAUUUCAUUCCUUUAUAAAGUGAGGAGAUAAACUUAAAUGUAACUGAAACAAUGAAAAAUAGCAGUAAUAAAAAGACUUAGCAAAACUAGAAAUAGUUGCAUUAAAAAGAAAUGAGGUUGCCUUCUAUCUAGAAUGUCAAGUAAAUCUAUCUUGGUGCUGGACCGUUAGGCUAAAUGCAUAAUUAAUCGUAAUUAGAUGAAUCAGUAAAUAAUAAUAGUACCAAUUUGAUUCUGGCAUAAAGUCCAAUAAAGAGCAGUAAAAAGAAUCUAAGAGGACCUGCUAAUAGAUAGCAAGUUUCUAAAGAUCCAAAAAAUGACGAUGGAGGAAUUAACAAGUCAAUGAUUUUGGCAGAUAACUAGAGUGUUAAUUUAUCAACAAAUGAUUAGCAGAUUUCGCCUGACAUUGAUGAAACUGUAAUAGAUGUCAGUCAGCCAAUUACGUAGACUGCUGUUGGAAAAAAGAAAAAUUCCCACUAAGUUUACAACACUAAUAAUGAUAGUAUGAGCGAGGAAGCUAGUAAUUAUCAAAAAGAUGAUAAUACAAGAGUCUCCUAACUUUUGAAUCCUGUUUCAAGCGAGUAAAAACUGAGCGUCAUAAAUUAGAAAAGUAAUAAUGAAUCGAUGCUCCCUGCUAUAAACAGCAAUAAUAUUAGCCAAGACUAUGAUAAUUUAUACAAAUCUAACGAGCAAAGAGAUCAAAGUCCACUUUUACUUAAAAAUAGAAACUAAAGGAAUCAGCCAGCAUAUCAUGCUGUUUCGAUGAGCUUAGACUACUAGCAGAAGAAAAUUUUAAGUAAUUAAUCAUCUUCUGUGAAUUAUAACCUUCAAAAGAUACUGGGAGCAUAUCAAGUAAACCCUGGUAGACUCUAUCAAUCUAAGUAAGCAACGGUUUCUCCACCUUAACAGAGACUAGAAAAUUCGGAAAGUCAUGAUAGACUUCGAGCUUCUCCUCAUAGAGUGCAAGACAUUUUGAAUCGAUACAAUAUCAAGCAACUUAAGUAGAGCUUGAAGUAUGGUAUGCUCAAUAGAUCUAAGAAUAGGCCUGCUAAUCAGGUUCAUCAAAUAUAUGGUAUACAUGGUACUGUAAACAAUAACGUUUUACAAAUGAAUCCAUAUAGCAUGAACUUGAAGUAUAAUGCUCACUAACUUAAUCAUAAUCACUCCAACAAUAAUCUUUUGAUAAAUGGCAGUAAUAAUUCUAAAGACAACUCGCUAAACUAUAGCAAUAUAAUAAAUGAGGCUGAUGAAGAUCCUGCUGCUCUUGCUUAAUCUACUAUUGGCACAAUGAAGAAUAAUAUUAUCAACUUGAACAAACUUAAGUAAAUUCCAAAUGCUUACCAAGGGAACAGCUAAUCAUUGGUGCUUCCAAAACUAGAUAAUUCAUUCGGCUCUAAGCAGAAAUAAAACUAGAAUGAUAUGAGUCUAAUAUAUGCUAAAGGAAGUGGAUAAUAGAGUCCAAGAUCGCUGGAGAAAAAAACCUCUAAGAAAAAAAUCAUAGUUAAAAAUAAAAGCACUUUUGAAGGUUUAAAUUAAUGA